AAGGCUUGCAGACGCCGUACGCACGGAUAGCUGCACCACGCGCCGUCAAAACAUCGCAGCAGUGCAGUGGAAGCCAGCCAAGCCAGUGCGCUCAGCUCUCGUGCACCCAGGACCAACGCUCUCUCUGCAGCAAGAGCAUCUCCGAGCGCAUAUUUGCAUGCGCAACCAAACCGGAGCCGUAAUCGCAGCAGUAGUGGCAUUCGUAGCCAUGCGCGCCUUCACGCGCCGACUGUACGGCAAACGCACGCUCCUGCGGCAAAAGAGCUCGGCGCCGCGCCUGCCACCGCAAGUGCCGCCGUUCCAGGACGCCGACCAACAACAACUCUACGACACCAUCGUCGACACACGAAUUAAAGUAAUAGGCAAGGACGCGUUGUUUGAUGAAAGGGGCGCUCUGCGGGGCCCGUGGAACCCCGAGGUCGCUUCACCUUUAUUAGGCCGCCACCUCGAGCGCCUGGCGACGGCGGUGCGCACGGAGAACUCGCUAGAAGCGAACGUGUAUGAAGUGGCGAUCCUGGCCGUCGGCGUCGCGUGGCACGCCCAGUUCGAAUGGUAUGCGCACGAGCGGCUCGCGCGGAAAGCCGGUGUCGCUGACGAGGCGUUGCCGCUCAUCAAGGCGAAUGCGCAUCCUCGGCACCUCGAAGGGAUUCUUACAGUAGAAGAGCUCGCCGCCUAUACCUUUUCGCGGGAGCUGGCCCUGACGACGCGCGUCUCGGACGAGACGUACGCUUCGACCAAAGCAGUGCUGGGGGGCGACCGCGCGAUGGCCGAUUUGAGUCUGACGAUCGCCUGCUACCACGGCGUCUCCGUACUACUCAAUUCUUUCGAGGUCGCGCUGCCGGAGGGCGUCGAGAAGCCCUUCCCCGAAGAGUAAGUUUCCCACGGUU